AUGUCUGCGUUGUGUAUGAAGCGGUGCCUGUGCCUGCUGCUCGCGUGCGUGCCCAGCAUCGCGCUGCGCAUCCGAGUGCGGGCCGGCCCGCUGCCGCCGCAUCUGCAUGCACUCCGUGCGCAGCCAUCGACCUGCACGCGUGGCAGCCUCAAGGCAAGUGGAUCAGGGUCCGGCGGAGGUGGAGGAAGCGGGGGAGUUGGUGGCAGCAGGUCGGCUAGCGGCUGGCGCCGCGGACGCGGACGGCGCGGUGCCGGCCGCGGCGGGUCGGACCGACGCUCGGCGCUCCGCACCGUGUGUGCCGCUGUCCGUGCGGGCGCCUGGGCGGAUGUGAAUGCAACUCUCGAUGGCUCCGGCGGCUUCCGUUGGGGUCCCGGAGAGUGGCGGGCGAUGGUGCAGGCGGCGUCGCAGGUGGCGGACUGGCGCGGCGCACGACGUCUGCUCGAUGCGAUGGGCCGGUGCGGCAUGCCGGCAGACGGUCCUGCAUACGGCCACGCCCUGGUCGCUUGCGCGCGGGCGUCGGAGCUCGAGGCGCCGAUGGCGUUGCUCGAGGAGCUGCGGGAGGCAGGAGUGCCGCCGGAGCUGCGGCCGUUGAACCAGCUCAUCGCUGCGUGCGGCCGGCGCGGGAAGUGGAAGCUGGCCUCGUACCUGCUGGCGAAGAUGCCAGAGCUCGGCACCCGCCCCACCACCGUCUCGUACAACUCUGCCCUCGGCGCGCUCUCCCGCGCCGGCCAGUGGGAAGAGGCGACGCGUCUCCUCCGCUCGAUGCCUCGCGAUACGCCUCCCGACGUAGUGUCGUAUUCGACGGCGGGCCGGUGGCGCGAGGCCCUGCAGAUGUACGACGACAUGCCGUCGUCACUGCCGCCAAACGAGGCGCUGCUGCAUGCGGCCGUCGUCGCCGCGUCUGCCGGCGGGGAGUGGCGGCGGUCGCUCGAGCUGCUCGGCGCGGGACAGCCGCGGGCGGCGCUGGCGCUACUCCGGCACAUGCGCUCUCUCGACGUGAAGCGGUCGCUGCUCACGUACAACGCGGCCCUUGGCGCCAUGGCGCAGGGAGGGUGCUGGGAGGAGGCGACGGAGCUGCUCGCCGAGAUGGGGCGGGAGCGGGUGAAGCCGACCCUGAUCUCGUUCAAUCUCGCGCUGGACGCCUGCGCAAAGGCAGCGCGCGGAGACGCGGCGAUGGACUUGCUGCAACAGCUGCGCGGCAGCAGGCGGCUCGCGCCGGACGUGGUUUCGUACACGUCCGUCAUCACCGCCUUCUCGCGCGCCGGCGACGUGGCGCCGGUCCUCGGGCUGCUUGGUGCGAUGGAGGAGGGGGGGACCGCCGAGCCCGACGACUUCACAUGGUCGUCAGCGGUCGCGGCGUGCGACCGGGCGGGCGAGUGGGCGCAGGCCCUCGCUCUCUUCCGCGGCCUUCGAGCCGCGGGCGGCGCCACCUCGGCCGCCGUGUGGAACGCGGCGCUGUCGGCCGCCGGCGCUGGGGGGCAGUUCGAGGAGGCGUCCACUCUGUUGGCCGAGAUGCGCGCGGCGGGGUUCGAGCCCGGGCUGCGCGCGCUCAACGCCGUCCUCCGCGCCGCGGAGAGCGCCGGCGAGGGCGAGGCCGCGAUGGAGCUCCUCUCGGCGAUGCGGCCCGGCGCGGAGCCCGACGCCGCCUCGUACGCUUACGUCGUCGGCGCGCUCGGGCGACAGGGGCGGGCGGAGCUGGCGCUGGGCGUGUGGGGCGCGAUGCUCGACGAGGGCGUGAGAGCGGACGCGCGCUCUUUCGCUGCCCUCCUCGCCGCACUCACCGCCGCCGGCCGGGCGGACGCCGCGCUGCAGACGUGGGAGGACGCUCGCUCUGCGGGUGGCGAGACGCCGUCGGCGGGCUGCUAUCGCGCCGCCAUCGCCGCGUGCGAGGCUGGUGGCGAGUGGCGGGCGGCGCAAGGCGUGCCGCUGCUGGCGCUCGCCGAGGCAGAGACGUGA